GCCCCUAUAUAUAUCCCAUUACCCACAAUCCUCUCUUUCUCUUCGCCAUCUUAGCCGGCGCCAUGAAGGUCGAGCUUUGCAGCUUCAGUGGCUACAAGAUCUACCCGGGACACGGGCGGCGCUAUGCCAGGAUUGACGGGAAGGUCUUCCAGUUCCUCAAUGCAAAAUGCGAGUCUGCAUUCCUUUCCAAGAGGAAUCCCCGUCAAAUCAACUGGACUGUCUUAUACAGACGAAAACACAAGAAAGGCCAGUCCGAAGAAAUCCAGAAGAAGCGUAGCCGUCGUGCAGUGAAGUUCCAGAGGGCUAUCACUGGGGCCUCUCUGGCAGAAAUUAUGGCCAAGAGAAACCAGAAGCCUGAGGUGCGAAAGGCCCAGAGGGAACAAGCUAUUAGAGCUGCCAAGGAAGCAAAGAAGGCUAAGCAGGCUACCAAAAAAUCUGCCCCUGCCAAGGCACCAUCUAAGGCUGCACCCAAGCAGAAGAUUGCAAAGCCUGUGAAGGUGGCAGCUCCACGUGUUGGUGGAAAGCGCUAAGCAAUGUUACAGCUGGUUGUGCUAAUAAAUAACUAUUUUGAAAA